UGAUUUUCAGUUGAAAUCGGAAUUCUGGAUGCCCGGGAAGUGUUCUAUCCCAGACAGGCGCCGCCUCGGAAGGCCCUCCCGCCCAGCAACGUUGUGAAUUCGCAGCAAGCAUCGCAAUGGCGGCCGCCAAGCAGGACGAAGGAGAAAAGCUACGUUUGGCCGAAGAAGGAGAGGAGGAAAUGGAGUCGGAGGAGGGAGGACAGCAGAGGCAGCAGGGGGACGGCUCGUCGGAGGAAUCCGGGGAGUCUUCUAGUGAGGAGGAUGAUAAGGAGUGUGAGGUGGAGAUCCAGCGGCUGGAGGAGCAGCUGUCAAUCAAUGCCUUUGAUUACAACUGCCAUGUUGACCUCAUCAAACUGUUACGGCAGGAGGGGGAAUUGGAAAGGCUGCGACAUGCCCGUCAGAAGAUGAGUGAACUUUUCCCAUUAACUGAAGAGCUCUGGCUGGACUGGUUAAAGGAUGAGAUGAAGUUUGCAGAAUCAGAAACUUCAGGCCGAGAGACUGUUUAUGAAUUGUUUGAAAGAGCUGUCAAAGAUUAUAUUUGUCCGGAAAUUUGGCUUGAAUAUGCUCAGUACUCCAUUGGUGGAAUGGGUGAAAAAGGAGGCAUUGCCAAAGUCCGCUCUAUAUUCGAGAGGGCUUUAACAGCUGUUGGACUUCAUAUGACAAAAGGAUCUGCUGUAUGGGAUGCCUACAGGGAAUUUGAGAACGCAAUUCUUGGCUCCAUCCAGCCAAUGGCAGGUACCGUCCCUUCAUCAGAACAGCAGCAGCUGCUGAAUGACCAACUUGAUAGAAUGCGCACAUUAUUUAAACGACAGUUGGGUGUGCCGCUUCUAGAGAUGGAAGCAACAUAUGCAGAGUAUGUGGAUUGGUCAGAGGAACCCAUUGCAGAUUCUCUUAUAAACAAUUACAAGAAGGCCUUGGCACAAGUUAAGAAGUAUAAGCCAUAUGAAGAGGCAUUGCUGGCUGCUGAAACUCCGAAGUUAGCAGAAUACCAAGCUUACAUUGACUUUGAAAUGAAGGAAGGAGAUCCAGCUCGCAUCCAGCUUAUUUUUGAACGUGCCUUAGCUGAAAAUUGUUUGGUUCCAGAUCUUUGGGCAAAAUACGCUCUGUACCUUGACAGACAGCUUAAAGUGAAGGACCUGGUUCUUUCUACUCACGACCGGGCUACCAGGAACUGCCCAUGGACAGUGGGCCUUUGGAAGAAGUGUAUUCUCGCCAUGGAACGACAUUGUGUAGAUCACAGCACUAUAGUUGAAACGUUUGAAAAGGCUCUUAAUGCUGGCUUCAUCCAGGCCACAGAUUAUGUGGAGAUUUGGCAGUCAUACUUGGACUAUCUUCGAAGACGAGUAGACUUCACAAAAGAUUCCAGUAAAGAGCUUGAAGAACUCAGAGCUGCAUUUGCUCGUGCACUCGACUACUUGAAGCAAGAAGUUGAGGAAAGAUUUGGUGAAAGUGGAGAUCCAACUUGCAGCAUAAUGCAAAACUGGGCCAGGGUUGAGGCUGGACACUGCAACAACAUGCAAAAAGCUAGAGAACUGUGGGAUAACAUCAUGACCAAAGGAAAUUCAAAAUUUGCCAAUAUGUGGUUGGAGUACUACAACCUAGAGAGAGCUCAUGGAGAUAUUCAGCACUGCAGGAAAGCCUUGCAUAGGGCUGUCAUGUGCACGUCAGACUACCCUGAACAUGUGUGUGAGGUUCUUCUUCUUCUGGAGAGAAUAGAAGGGACAUUGGAGGACUGGGAUACAGCUGUUCAGAAAACGGAAAUGAGACUUACACGCGUCAGUGAGCAGCGUGCAAAGGCUGCCAAGAAGGAAGCAAUAGUAGCCAGGCAAGAAGAAGAGAAAGCAGAAAAUAGGAAAAAGUCACGAGCAGAGAAAAAAGCAAAGAAGGUGAAAAAGGCAAAACCAGGAGAUAAACGCAAAGCGGAGGAGGAGGAUGAAGAGGAUGAAGAAUGGGGGGAGGAGGCUGCAGAGCAGCCCAGCAAGAAACACAAAGGAGAAGAUGAGCUGGAAGACGAUGAGAACGAUGAGAUGGAGACUGAAAUUGGACUGUUUGGCCGGAGUACCACCUCUAGGGCUCAAACUUCAGCCAAGCCCAAGCCCAAGCCCAAGCCCUCUACCACAAAGGAGCCUCCAAAGAUUCCGCAUGAUACAAACAAGGACAAUAUAACUGUGUUUGUCAGCAAUCUGCCCUUUAAUAUGUCUGAUCCAGAUAAGCAGCUUAGGAAUGUCUUCUCUAGCUGUGGGGAGAUCACUGACGUCAGAGUUAUCUAUAACAACAAAGGCACCUUCCGUGGAUAUUGUUAUGUUCAGUUUACAGAUGAAAAAAGUGCUCUGGAUGCACUGAAAAUAGAUCGGCAGGAGAUGAAUGGAAGGCCGAUGUUUGUCUCCCCGUGUGUAGACAAGAGCAAGAAGCCAGACUUUAAGGUGUUCAAGUAUAGUACUGCUUUGGAGAAACACAAGUUGUUUGUUUCUGGGCUACCAUUUUCUUGCACCACGGAAGAAGUGGAAAAAGUCUUCAAAGAACAUGGCACUAUCAAACAGAUCCGGCUAGUGACCAAUCGCUCGGGGAAGCCAAAGGGACUUGCAUAUGUUGAAUAUGAAAAUGAGGCACAGGCCUCACAAGCUGUGAUGAAACUGGAUGGUACCAAGAUUAAGGACAACACAAUUCAAGUGGCAAUUAGCAAUCCUCCUAUGAGAAAACAUCCAGAAGCCCUAGAAACUGCACAGUUUAAUAGGCCUAUGAUGCCAAGACAAAUCUAUGGAGCAAGAGGAAAAGGAAGAACCCAAGUGUCCCUUUUACCCCGUUCCCUGCACCGUCAGAGUGCUCCAGCAGCCACAAAAACUGAAAAUGGCACCCCUCAAGCACAGUCGGGGUCUUUGCCAGGAGGUGAAGGGGAGCCUCAAAAAAUGUCAAAUGCAGACUUUGCCCGAUUGAUGCUUCGAAAGUAACCAGAAGACCAGAAUAUGCAUCAUGGGGAAAAUGUGAAGAGAAAUACUUUUUUGUUUUACGGUUUAUUUUAUUUUUUCUAGUUAAACUUUGACUUUCCUUUUUAUGUUUUAAUAGCACAGACUGCAGGCUUCCUCGUUUCCCUCAUAUUGAGGCAGGCAAGGCAAUGUAGAGGCAGCUAUAUUGGUCUGAUUUGGAUAUGUUUUUACACCUGUUUUUUGCUCGCAUAUUAUUGCGAAGACCACAGUGGAGCAAGCCCAAAAUGGGUAUUUUUAUAUGUAUUACUUUCCAUGUCAUGUGUUUUUUGUUUCCCCUCAGAAUUCACAAGUUUUUUUGUGUUGGACAAAACUGGAUUAAAAUAUUUGCCGUU